UGAUGGUGUUUAUUUAUGCACGGUGUUGGGUGUCGUGACAUCAGUGUGGGGCUUGACACGUCGCAGAGACAGUGUGCUGGGGGCUUUUUUAAGGUGCCGGGUGUUUUCAUCUCUAUUACUACUGUACUACACCCAAACUUACCCAGGUGCACCGCCACACACCUGCCCUGGCUGGGGACUCUCACGCUGGAUCCCCUCCCUGUGGCAGGUAGGAGAGACAGGGGGAAGCCACGCCGACACCUCUCUCUGCGUUUUGCCAGCACAGAGAUGGUGCGCGUGCGGAGGUCAGCCUCAGAAAAUGAUUGUCCAAUAUGUAUGGACCCGGCAAGGUUUGCCGUGGAAACCAACUGUGGCCAUGUGUACUGUGCCCGGUGCAUCAUGCAGUACUGGCAGACCAACUUCUCUACCUCACCCAUGCUCUGUCCCUACUGCAGGCAGGAGAUCAUCCUGCUGCUGCCUUGCUUUUCCGAGGAGGAGGUGAUGGCGACGGACGUGCAGGCAGUGAUGGAGAGGGAGAGGGUGGUGGCUCAGGUGCAGGAAUACAACCGCAUGUACUCCCAACACCCGAGAUCCUGGUAUGGCCAGCUGCAGGACCUACCCACCAUCCUACGCCACAUCUGGGCCGAGCUCUUCACGUGGCGGGGUAUCCUUAUGGCCUUCAAGCUGCGAGUCAUCCUGUCCGUGGUCAUGGCCGUCCUGUACGUGGUCAGCCCCAUUGACAUCAUCCCUGAGGCCUUUUUGGGUCUGCUGGGCCUGGCGGACGAUGUGGUGGUCAUCAUCAUUAUCCUCAUCCAAGUCAGCAUCGUCUACCGUACCGUCGUGGCGAACAGGGACUGGUAGCGCGGGAGUUCGAUGUCGGGGAGGUAGUCGAAGUCCCAGUCGAAGUGGUCGGUUUGGUUGUUUGUGGUUAUACUGGUAAAGAGGCAUUGUUUUCUUGGGUCUGUUAGGGCAGUGUUAGGUCAUGAGGAAGGAAUGGUCUUAUACGGUCGUGGGAGUGGCAGCAGGGUGGUCGAAGUGGUUGAGUAAGUUGGUCGACUGGGCUUUUCUGUGGGAUCAGCACAGUGUAAGGUUAUGAGGAAGGAAUGGUCUUGUUAUACGGUCGUGGCGAAUAAGGAGUAGCGUCAGGGUGGUCGAAAUGGUUGAGUUGGUCGACUGGGCUUUUCUGUGGGGUCAGCACAGUGUAAGGUUAUGAGGAAGGAAUUGUCUUGUUAUACGGUCGUGGCGAAUAAGGAGUAGCGUCAGGGUGGUCGAAAUGGUUGAGUUGGUCGACUGGGCUUUUCUGUGGGGUCAGCACAGUGUAAGGUUAUGAGGAAGGAAUGGUCUUGUGCGGUCGUGACUAUAUUUAUAACGGGACUGGUAGUGAGGUGGAUGUUUUGGACUGUUUGCGGUAAGCGGUAAAGAGCCCUUUUUUGUGUGGUAGGGGAGGCCGGGAGACUUAUAGGCUAUAGCACAAUGCAAGGCCAUAUUAAAGAGGAAUGGUUAGGUUGAUUCACGUGUUUUGGGUCUUCGCAAAGGAAAUGGAAGUCAGUAUGUAGCACUACUGAUAGUUUGAGGUUAUUGUGAAGCGAAGCGAUUUUAACUAGCGCGUAACAGAGUUGUAACCAAAGAAACAGGGAGGAAGGAGAAAAGGAGAUAAAAGUGAAGGUCAGGUCAAGACAGAUAGCUAAACAGAAAGAAGAUAUUAAAAAUGACAAUAUAUUCGCCAUUCACCUGCACAAAGUUAUUUUACAUACAAUACUGAUGCUAGACAUUUACAAGAGGAAGGAAAGUUAAUUCAAAAGGCAAUAAGAUAUACACUGUAAGAGCAUGACUUGUUAGGUAUAUACGGUUAGUAAGAUUGUGAUGGUGGUAUGUGAUUUCAGGGAGUAGUGAGUAAUUUGGUGAUUCUAUUUGUCUGUAACUUUGGAUGCCAUUGCCAUUGUUAAGGGUGGCAAUGGCAGAACAGUAUUUAGUGAUUCAUCGGAUAUUAAAGUAGCCUCUAGGAAUGUUGUUAAGCGAGUGUUAAAUUGGCUUAGUCUGUAUGUUAUAGAUAGCCAUCGGAGGAGGAGAGAGAUGGGAUGCAGCGUGCUAAGACCUUUUCUCGUUUUCCAUCAUACUGUUAAAAGUCUGGUAUCAGAAAGCACAAAUUCCUGCUCAUUAAGACUGGCAUACCUUUGAUUAGUGACCCAGGUGUGCAUUCUUUACCUGGGCAGCACAAAAUGGAGCUUGAGGCAGUGUGGGCAGAGUUAUGAGAUCAGUUAAGUGGUCAUUGCGAGCCUUUAUAAGUGUAAGCAACUUCAUUUGGCAUAACAGAGAGUAUACAGUCUUGUCAAGGAAGGAAUUUUGCAGUGGUAAUAUUAGUAAAAACUGUGAUUACUUCAUUGAGUCCAUUUUAUUCUUUAUCUGUUUACAGUAGAGGAAGCAGCUCAAGGGCGGAAACUAAUAAGUCUAAGUGCUUCUCCUGUAAAAGUAGUAAACAGAAUCGUGUAGCCAAAAGAGAGGGUUGAUAUUUGGAUAGAAAGUUGUCAAUAUACUACGUACUUGAUACCGUACUACUAAAACAAGCCUCACAAAUAUGCUGCACGACGAACAGGUCACUCAAUAAUAAUACUUACCUCUCUCAGAACACUCCUUGUAUAUAUAAUUAACAGGUUUUCUACUUAAUGUCCUUCUGUGUGUGUAUGUGUGUUUGGGUGUUCGUGUUCUUAGGGCAUAGCUAGAAUGAUUUUAUAUGUACGGAAAAACAAAUCAUCUAUCAUGCUUUUUUACCAACAAGGUGCCAUUAUCUAUCUAUCAGAGGUCUAUUUUUUCUAUAAUGGCAUUCAGGUUUGUAUUCUGGCCAUGUUCAUUCAGCUUUAUUCAGAUACGUACUUAUAAAAGUCUUGGGAAAUUCAAUGCAGAUUUAAAUAGGGGGAAUUAUUUUUACAUGUAGAAAUAGUAGCAAAAAUCAGUUAGAGAUGGUUGAAGGAAUUAUUGAAUGGUAUGGAGUUUGGACUGAGAGGAGGAAAAUCAGGAAUAUCUUUGUAAAUUCAAUGCAGUUUUAAAUAGGGGAAUUAUUUUUACAUGUAGAAGUAGAAACAAAAAUCAGUUAGAGAUGGUUGAAGGAAUUAUUGAAUGGUAUGGAGUUUGGACUGAGAUAAGGAAAAUCAGGAAUAUCUUUGUUAAUUCAAUGCAAUUUUAAAUAUGGGAAUUAUUUUUACAUGUAGAAGUAGAAACAAAAAUCAGAGCUGGGUGAAGGAAUAAUUAUUGAAUGGUGUAGAGUUUUGAUUGAGAGGAGAAGGAACAUCAGGGAGACCUUAGUAAAUUCAAUGCAGUUUUAAAUAUGGGAAUUAUUUUUACAUGUAGAAGUAGUAGCAAAAAUCAGUUAGAGAUGGCUGAAGUAAUUACUGAAUGGUGUGAAAUUUGGUCUAAGACUAGGAGAACAGAUGAACCUAAGAACAUCACUAAAAUCAGGAAAAUCUUAGUACAAUCAAUGCAGUUUUGAAUAGGGGACUUAUUUUAUACAUAUAGAGGUAGCUCAAAUCAAGACUGGGUGAAGUAAGUGAAGGGAAUUGAGUCCCUUUGAGAGGAAAAGGAUAUGAACCUGAGGAUUUCUCUAAACUCCUUUCCAUCUUAACUUUUAUAUCCUUUAUGAUUGUGUUCAGCUAGCAAUAUGUAUACUUGUUACCCCAAACUCUGUGCUGCAUUGUUAUAUUAUUACUACAUAGCUGAUCUUGAAGGGGAGGGACUGCAUUAGUGUGUGCGUGUGGGUGUGGGUGUGAUACGAGAUCGCACAAAAGGACAUGGAAAGAUUAGUACGUCAAAGAGUAAUUACUUUCAGGUUGUUUUAUUUUCUUCACUGAUGUUUAGGUUGAAGUUCCUCCCUUUGAGACACUAUUUGAUAUGGAGUUUUAAGAUAUCACAAAUUUUUUAUCUAAUUGUAUACCUGUCUUAAUUAUUUCCAAGAGUUAAGAGUGCUACGUUAACGGCUUAAUCCGCGGUGUGCAUGCGUGGGUUAUAUAUAAAGUCACUGAGACCUUAUUUGUAUAUCCAUGCUUUUUAUGAUGCUUUAAUUAACUUACUUUGUACUAUUGCUGUGUUAUGCGGUUCAGAUACAUAUAUUUAUUUCAAACGUGUUAUGAGUGUCCCUUUUUUAUCAUAAGGUUAAUUUGGUCUGGUGGGCGAGGUUGUAUUCGGGUAUGUUGGUUAUAGGAGGAAAGUUACUGUGGAGGAAAUCAAGUUAGUGUGGAGGAAAAUGAGGAAAAUGUGAUCUAUAACUGGAGGAAAAUUACAGUGGAAGAAAGUUGGUAUGAAUCAAGGAAUUACUGAGGAGGGAAAUUAUAGUGUGGAGGAAAAUGAGGAAAAUGUUGAGCUAUAUGACCGGAGGAAAGUUGCUGUAUGUGGAGCUAUAACUGAAAGAAAAUUACUAUAUGGAGGAAAAUUACUGUGGAGGAAAAUUGCUUUGGAGGUAUUAACUGUGGACAAAAAUUAUUAUGGAGGUAUUAGAGAGGACGAAAAUUAAUAUGGAGAUAGUGAUUGAACAGAAUAAUAGAUAGAAUAGAAGAAGAGGAAAAUAAUUUAGGGUAGGCGGUGGCUGAACUGGUAGCGUACUGGGCCCACAUUCACCGCGUGAUGGACGACGCGGGUUCGACUCCCCGCGCUACCACCUCGGAUUUUUCAGUCACCGCCGAGUGGCAUAAAACUACCCACAUGCUGUCCUGAAGACCACCCAUCAACCCGGACUCUAGAGGAAGCCGUCCAAGCGAAUCAAGAACGAGUUCCGGGGGGCAGCAUGAGCCAAUGCAAGAUGGCGCCACUAUAAACACUCGCCUGCGCCAGAACGGGCUGGGCCGACCAUCAGGCCCCACCUGGAAGAAGCCUUGGGCCGACCAUCAGGCCCCACCGGGAAGAUGCCUACUGGCGCAAUAGGCAGCAACGUAAAAAAAUAAAAAAUAAAAAAUAAA